AUGGACAACCUGGCUGUGCUGGAGGAGAAGGCGGAGAAGGACUUGGCAGCCAUGUGCCAUGAGAAGGAGAGGCUGCAGAGGCAGGCACUGGAGCUGCGACGACAGCUGCUUCUCCGACAGAAACAGCAGGAGCUGGCCACUGCCCUUGAUGCCCAGAUUGAGGCGCUGAGCCCUCUUCAGCCUGUGUUAGAGCACUUCAAAGAGGAAUACAAGACACUGGGCAGAGCCCUGGACAGCACGCGACACGAGCUGCCCAUACAGGCUGUCCACAUGGAAGGAAGUGGGCAGAAGCUCCUAGAUGAUCUGCAGCCAGUCCUGAGGACCACCCUGCAGCUCCUGGAUGAUAUGAGCAUCUACUCCCCAGAAGCCAGUGCACAAGUGCAAGGAGCCAGCACACAGCAGCCUGGAGCCAGUGCACAGCUGAAUUGUUGGCUGAAGGAACUGAAGGGCUUGGUCGCUGAGAAAGACCUGGAGCGCAGACUUGUCAGCCAGGUGGUGGAACUUUCCUCCCAGGCCAGUAAAGAAGCAGCUUUGACAAACCAGGAAGCCUGGGAAGAGGCAGAGUCCACCCUCACCAGCAGCCAGUGCUACUUCAGUCCAGAAGCCUGCAAGGGACCAUAGUCUCCAUCUGGGACAGGACGGAUUACAACAGGCCUGACCCUUGGUUGCCUCAGGCAGCCAGUGCUUCCUGAGCAUUUCCUAGCUGCCUU